UUCUCAGUAUAUAAUAUGGGUUCACGAACGCUCAUUAUUAACGAAAACUUUUUAAAGUAUGGAGACCAGGAUGCUAAUUCGGUUUUGAUUGAACUUGAUAAAGGUCUGCGUUCUGCGAAAAUGGGAGAACAAUGCGAAGCUAUUAUUAGGUUUCCAAAACUAUUUGAAAAGUACCCGUGCCCAGUUCUUAUUAACUCAUCUUUCCUGAAACUGGCGGAAUUUUUUCGUAUUGGUUCUAACUUAUCUAGAUUGUGGGUUCUACGCGUUUGUCAACAAAGUGAAAAACAUCUUGAGAAAAUUUUGAAUGUAGAAGAAUUUGUGAAGCGCGUUUUCAUGGUGAUUCACUCAAAUGACCCUGUAGCUCGGGCUUUAACAUUAAGGACACUAGGCUCGGUCGCAUGCGUAAUUCCGGAGAAACAACAAGUUCAUCAUUCAAUUCGGAAUGCUUUAGAUAGUCAUGAUAUCGUUGAAAUCGAAGCUGCCAUCUAUGCUAGCGUGCAAUUCGCUGCGCAGUCAAAGUCUUUUGCUAUUGGAAUGUGCUCUAAAGUGGCAUCGAUGAUUGAAUCGCUACAAACACCUGUGAGCAUGAAAAUUCUUCUCAUUCCAGUGCUACGCCACAUGUACCACGAUGCUAAUACGGCAGCUCUUGUUCGAACGUUAUGUCGAAAUUUAUUGCCAAAGUAUCCUUCAGAACAAUUUGUAAUUGCUAUUCUACAAUCGCUGUCACAUUUAUCGUACGUCACAUUUGUUGAUAUACCCGAUCAAGUAGCUUUACUUCUACUGUACCUCAAUGACCCAAGAAGACGGGUUCAGUAUGCUGUAUUGCAUUCUUUGAAUAAACUCGCUAGAAAAGGAGCAUAUCUUUGGUCAAAAAUAUCUAUAAACAAGUUGCUGAAAUUGGCACUGCAAUGUAGCUUUCCUAGUAUGACAUUAGAUGUUAUAAUCACUCUUACCGAUUGUGCCACAACUUGUUCAACUAUGUUAAAUGACGAACAAGAUCGAAUAAUCCAGAUGUGUAAACGCUGCUUGACAUUGGAACAUAGUAUUAUGGGAAAAGCGUUAACAAUUUUGACGCGAUUAGUAACAUAUUGUGCUUCUGAAAACAUUUCUCCUCCGGAUUGCUUCAAAGAAUAUCUUUCUUUGAACCUCGAGUAUCUAAUUCAUUCCGCAUUGCAUAGUAAGGCACAUUUGAAUGAUUUUCGUGUUUACUUAAAAUGUGGAAUAAAUCUUGCUAAAGUAAACCAUGAAUUCCGUCUAAACUUCGCUGAAAUGAUUGCUGAAUUAUUAGUAGAAGACUGUGGGAAUUCCUUUUCACAUCUGAAACUAAUGUGUGAGACACUUGGUGCAAUUUGUUCCAAUUUCUCUGCAACUUACGAAGAUGGCACGUUUAAAACUAUACUACUAGCAAUUUUGAAAAAACUAGAAACAUACGCAACAUUAUCUUCACUCGAUUCCAAUAGCGCUGUAAUAGUUGAACUACUUGCAUCGAUUUGUUUACAGGCAGCUGUAGGAUCAAUAAUUCCGGAAAGAAUCAAGCUGAUUUUUAGUAAUCUCAUCAAAAUAUCUAAUUGUUGGACUCAAUACAGAAUCGCUAGAUCAGCAUCCAGGUACGGUCAUCAUUUUCUGGCAGCAACGACAUAUAAGGCACUAUCCCAGCAUGUUUCUAUUGAAAAUCUGCAAUUCUAUUUAAUUGCCCUUUGUCAGAUUUCUAAAGCCGAGUGUAUAUUGAAUUAUGGCAUUGAUUUGGAACAUGUCGAGCUAUGUAGUGUACAUUCAAUACCAAUUGGCGUUCCUCAACUCACAUUAUUGAACCGAAUUGAAAAAGCAAUCGAUCUAUAUACUACCGCUUUAUCUUGUUUGGAUGCUGCUUCUGCUCCACAACACCCUAAGAACUUUCAAUCGGAAGUCAUAAAUCUAAGAUGUCAUUUUUUGCAAGUGCUGCAUUGUGUAGUAGUUUCUAGAAACGUUCUUUGCAUUACUCCUCCAUCGGCGAUUUCUAAUACUUUAGCCCAAAACCUGCGGGAUCCAUUACAAAAAUAUGGCCAUGUAACUAAUCAACUGCGGAAAAAUAUAAAGAUAGUGAAAUCGUGCGAGGAGGCAUAUAACAAACUGUAUAAAAGCUCUUUCGAUGCUGACCCAUGCUCACUGGAAUAUUUGGAAACGAUGCAAUAUAUGUGUUCCACUCUCCAAACAUCAAUUGAAAGUAUUUCAUUUUUAACAACAUCAGAUCAUGCUAAAUAUCCACCAAGAUGCACGCACCCGGAAACAAAAUAUUUACUUUCCAUAUGCAAUGGUGUAUCAAAACAAGCACAAAUAUCACCGAAUGAAACCGGUUCUACAAAAUCCAUAACAAACAAACACAUGGACAUACUACUAGAGCAAAUCGAAAUAAUUGUUAAAUCUGGAGUGUGUAUUCCACGAUUUUUCUUUCAGAUUCUACAAAAUACUUCGGUCAAAUUAGCUUUAACUCCACAACCGCGAUUAACCGGUGAACCAAUUCUUGUUCAACCCAGCAGUAAUUUGGUGAUAAAAGUCGAAGGUGUAAUUCUACAUUGCGGCAGAAUACCAUCAUUUUUCCGAGCAAUCGAGCGUGUUCAACUGACGUUGUCGACUCAUUUAAUGGCUCCAAGAUUAAAUGAAAUCAAGGGUGGCGACUACCGGGAAAAACCGGGAGAAUCGGGGAACUUCAACCAGCAAAGGUUAACGAUACUUCUGGAUGCUCAUGAGCUUUCAAAAAAUUCAGUAGUUCCUGAUAACAUUGUAUUAACCCAAAUAUUGAAACCGCACCAUGAGUUCCUCAGUGGCAAUUUUCUUUUGUCUCUGCAAAACUCUUUGACUGCCUCCCCAAGCACUAUUAUAAACGUUGGAGGUCAAUGGCAAAUAACAUUAGAGACAUGUAUAAUUGAUCAACACGGCUUUGUUUGGAUAACUGAGCCGAAAAGUUGCGCGUAACUGCCCCUCUCAGUUUAUGACGAUAACAACGUAGAGGAUACUGGAGAGACUUGAUUGCCUUCUCUUAUUUUCAUCAUACUUGUGAGAAAACAUUCGAAAACACGAAUUAAUCCACCUAGCGGUGAAAGCUAGCUUUUCUUAUUAAAACUUGUUAUAUGUUGAUAUAGAUUAACACAAGCACUUUGUUUUCUAGAAAAAAUUCAUCUUGAUAGUUUUCUCUGGAUGUAUUUUUCUACUCUAAAUGACAAACUGUUGACAGCUAACU